GCGGCCGGGCCUCCGAGCGGCGGCGGCGGCGGCGCCUCGGCCCCCGGCUCCCGGGGGGAGCCCCGCGCCCGGCGCGGAGGAAGCGGCGGCCGCGCGUCCCCAGCCGCGCGCGCCAUGUCGGCCGGGCCCCCCAAGGCCCUGCCGUCCACGGGGCCGCACUCCCUGCGCGACCUGCCGCACCCGCUGGCCGGCUCCAGCAGCGAGGAGGCCGUGGGCGGCGACAGCACCCCCAGCCCGGACCUGCUGAUGACCCGCAGCUUCGGCGACAAGGACCUCAUCUUGCCCAAUGGCGGGACCCCAGCGGGCACUUCAAGUCCGGCUUCUUCGUCUUCUCUUCUCAACAGACUCCAGCUGGAUGAUGACCUUGAGGGCGAGACCAGAGAUCUCUUUGUCACGGUGGAUGACCCCAAGAAGCACGUGUGUACGAUGGAGACCUACAUCACCUAUAGGAUCACCACCAAAAGUACACGGGUGGAGUUUGACCUCCCGGAAUAUUCUGUUCGUCGAAGAUACCAGGACUUCGACUGGCUGAGAAACAAGCUCGAAGAGUCCCAGCCCACUCAUCUCAUUCCCCCUCUUCCUGAGAAAUUUGUGGUGAAGGGUGUGGUGGACCGUUUCUCAGAAGAGUUCGUGGAGACCAGAAGAAAAGCUUUGGAUAAAUUCCUGAAGAGGAUCACGGACCACCCCGUACUCUCUUUCAACGAACACUUGCAUGUCUUCCUGACGUCCAAGGACCUGAAUGCCCACAAGAAGCAGGGGAUGGCGCUGCUGACGCGCGUGGGCGAGUCGGUCCGGCACGUCACCAGCGGCUACAAGCUGAGGAGUCGGCCCCUGGAGUUCGCAGCCAUUGGGGAGUACUUGGACACGUUUGCGCUCAAGCUGGGAACCAUUGAUCGCAUCGCCCAGCGGAUCAUCAAGGAAGAAAUAGAGUACCUCGUGGAGCUGAGAGAGUACGGGCCCGUGUACUCCACGUGGAGCGCCCUGGAGGGGGAGCUGGCCAGACCCCUCGAGGGGGUGUCCGCGUGCAUCGGCAACUGCUCCACAGCCUUGGAAGAACUGACGGACGACAUGACGGAGGACUUCCUGCCCGUGCUCAGGGAGUACAUCCUCUACUCCGACUCCAUGAAGAAUGUUCUGAAGAAGAGGGACCAAGUGCAAGCCGAGUACGAGGCCAAGCUGGAAGCCGUAGCCCUGAGGAAGGAAGACCGGCCCAAGGUGCCCUCGGACGUUGAGAAAUGCCAGGACCGGAUGGAGUGUUUCAACGCCGACCUGAAGGCCGACAUGGAGCGCUGGCAGAACAACAAGCGCCAGGACUUCCGGCAGCUGCUCAUGGGGAUGGCGGACAAGAACAUCCAGUAUUAUGAGAAGUGCCUCAUGGCCUGGGAGUCCAUCAUUCCACUGCUGCAGGAGAAGCAAGAAGCCAAGUGACCUCCCACUCGGGACAGACACUCUUCCACCUGCGGUUCCAGAAUAUUCCUGCCGUGCCAGAGAGGUGAUGCUGGGAAGACAACUACAGAAACAUCUCUCCGUGUGUGUGUGUGUGUGUGUGCGCGCGCGCGCGCGUGCGUGUGCGUGUGUGUGUGUGUGUGUGUGUGUGUGUGUGUGUGUGUGUGUCCCUCCCCCUCUCCUUCACCUGUCACCUCUUCCCAGCAAGAGUUUCAUGCCUCGGUGGAGUCUGCCAGGCAAAGUCUGAUCAUCUCUCCAAAAGACGGCAGACAUCCGUGCUGAGGCGGCGUCUGCCCUGCGAACACCUACCCAGACUCGAACUCCAGAGUCGGGACCACCUGCGCUGACGUGCCAGCCCCUCCGCCCUGGAGUCCACAAAGAUGCGCAUCAGGGAAGAGAACCCAGCAAGGCAGGAACGGAGGGGCGCGUGGCUCUGCCGGGGGUCUCCACAGGCACGGACAAGGCUCGGGCCGGAAGGCGGUGCCGGGUCCCCGUCACGGGAAAUCCUUCACAGACCGAGGCCUGUGCCUGCCCACGCUGCAUGGCCCUCCCCUGUGUUCGGUUUCAUGGUUCCUGCGGGGUCAGCCUCGACCCCUGUCUCUGCGUCCAGGCCCCAGUGAGCCAGCUCGUCCUGGUGAUGCCCUCAGGAGACUGAAGGCUCGACAGCGUUCCCCAAACUUGUGUCUUGACUAGAGAAUGCAGUAGGAUGAUGGAACUGUGUUCGUGUAAAAGGAAAAAAAAAAAGGUGCAUUUUUUUUUUCUCUGUGAAGUUCUUCAGUGUUUUUUUCAUUAGCUUGUUCAGUGUCAUCGGGGCGGAGAUGAAGCCCGUGGUCUGUGGGCACAGGUCACGCCCCACCUUUCGUGUCUGCUUCGUGCAACUUGCCUUGACCGCACCAAAAAUUCCUAGUUCGAUGUUUCCUCCAGUGUCCCUAGGAGGCUCGGGCGCCCUCUUGGCGAGAGAGCGCCGUGUUGUCGCGAUGUGUCAGCUCCUUGUGAAUGUUCUACAUGAAGUGCUUUAACUCUCCAUGAUCCUGGCCAGGAAGCAAAGUCAGAGCCUGGACGGGCCUUGCCGACAGCGCAUGCUGCAGUGAACUCUUUGCUUUUUCUUGAGCUGCACGUCUAGCUGCAGCCAAGCUCCUGGGGGUACCUGGCUGCCACUAGAAUCAACAUUUCAAACUCUUAUCAGCAGGGGGACUCCUCUUCUUUCUUUCAUUUUUUUUUUUAUUUUUCUUUCUUUUUAUUAUUAUUUUUUUUUCCUGGGCCAUGCCCAGCAGUGCUCAGGGGCUAUUUCCAGCUCUGUGCUUGGGGGGGGUCACUUCUAGUGGUGCUCAGGGGACCAUACAGGACGGGGGACCAAACCCAGGUCUCCUGCAUGCAAAGCCUGUGCUCAGCCCAUUGAGCUAUUUCCCCACCCCCCACCCCCACCCCCUGGCCCUACCUAUCACAAUUGUUUUCACAAAUCAACACAACAGCCACAAAAAAAGGACCUAAUUCCCAACUCACCCUUUUACUCCUGGCAGGAAGCAAUGCCUGUUUUGUUUGCGGUCCCUCCUCUUGGGGCGCAUUCCUUUCAAAGAACCUGGAUCUCAACUCAGCAGCCUCAGCAGCGGGUUUUCUUGUUUUUGUUGUUUUUAACGGACCACCUGUGAGCAUCUUCACCUGCAAAUACCAGCUGCCAGGGACAGACGGCCUUCAUUCCCCGUGCAGCUCCAGAGAUGUGAGCUUGUGGAGACCACAGCCGGGAGUCGGGGGGCGCCCCCCACAGCAGCCCUGGCCCACAAAGGUCUGGUUCUGCCCCCCCACCCUAUUGGAAAGCAUUGCCGUUUCACAGCCGGUAUCAGUACCCAAACUGGUACUUCUUGGUGUGGUUUUAGGCCCCAUUCUAACGUGCCACGGUGAUAGCGGAUCAUGAGUUUGGUACCAUUCGCAGUACCGGACUGAAGCAAAAGGGUAAGAACAGGCUAGCUGCCCCGAGUGGUGAUUCGUGCUUCAUUCUACCUUUACCAUUGCGUGGGUGCGGGGACGGGGGACGGGGCGGCUCCCUGAGAGUUUGCAGGUGGACUCAGGAGGCGGAGGGCUGUACGCCUCCUGGGGGGGGGGGCACGGUCCUCUCUCGUAGUAUUUGGUAGGAGGCAGCUGGUGACCCAGAAGCAGAUGCUCAGGCUGGGGAACCCGGGAAGAUGUGGCCUCGUUUGGGUUGUGGCCCAGAAAGAGAGUGCUCGGGGAGUACAAGGAGAGGCGUCCCGGGAAGGCCAGUCUCUGGCCUGCUGCUGCUGUCGCCAGGCCCAGGGACACUCUGGUGUCAGGGGUCACGGGGGAAGAAGGCAGCCCUUCCGGAACAAAACCAUGAGAGUCACUGGGCCUCGCGGGCAGGGAGUGGGGCACACGCAUGCGCGCUCGGUGCUGGAGGCGGGAGGCUGGCUCCGAUAGGGUUUGGCAUCUUGGGCUUGAUUUUUCGUUCCCUCCCUGGUGCCCGCGUGCAGUUCCUGCGCUGUCAGGUCGCCCGGGAGGGCAGGGACAGGGCAGAAGCAUCUUGCCGCAUGCCGGCACAGCUGUCGAACCAGCAGCUGGCACAUGUCCCCCUGGAGAAAGGAGGUGGCGGGCGAAGGGCCCCGGCCCGGUGGGGGAGAUGGUGCGGACCCAGCAGGAGGGGAGCAGGCGGCAGUGAAGGAGGGUCUCGGGUCCUCCCACCCCACCCGCAAUCCCCGUGACCCCACCCCACGAGGGUCCAAAGCCUUCAUUCUCCUCUUCUCCUCGGGCCACGCCCACGUGGUUCCUUCUCCAGGGGCAGUACCACUCAGAAACAUCUGUGCCAAAGAGCGCCUCUCCGAGGCUACUCACCCCCUCCUCCUCGGCGCCUGCGGGGCUGGGGUCACCAGCUCCUCUCCGGGUCUCGUUCCUUGACCGUUUUCUUUCUUUCUUUUUCUUUUCUUUUCUUUCUUUUUUCUUUUUGGGUCACACCCGGUGAUGCACAGGGGUUACUCCUGGCUCUGCACUCAGGAAUUACCCCUGGAGGUGCUCAGGGGACCAUAUGGGAUGCUGGGAAUCGGACCCAGGCCGGCCGCGUGCAAGGCAAACACCCUACCUGCUGUGCUAUCGCUUCAGCCCCUCUAGGCCAUUUUCUGUUGACCACACCUCUGGUCAACAGAUGUGGACGGGCUUUGAGACCCAAGCACCAGGCUGUGGAGUGGAAAGUCCUUGCAGCAGCUUAGUGACCCCUCCACAUCCCCCCUCCCCACAAGGCCCCCUAGGCCUGAGCGGAAGUGCAAGGUUUCAUUUGUCAAACUUGAAAUUCCAGUCUGAGCCCCGCCCCCCCCUCCGCUCCCACCCAGCCCUGCCAAGGCGGCCCUGGUGCUCCCUGGCCCCCCAGCAGAGCCCUGCCUGGCUGCAUCCUCGGGCCCUCACAUGAGCCACCAGGCGGGUUGGCCCCUGAGCUCUCUUGGGCGGUGCCCACACACACACUCUCCAAAACGCUAGCUAAGGCAGAAGAAAGAAAGAAGUAGAAGAGGGACCGGCUUCUACUCGAGGGGGCGUGUCCGUGAUGGUGAAGAGUGCGUGUGGGAUUUGUGGCGGGUGUAGACGUGAGGUGGGAAGGGGGAUGGCCUCUGAGAAGAUUCCAGACACCUCUGCCCAGGGCACUGUUUGCUGAAGGAGGGAACAGAGGACACAGCCAGGCUUUAUCCUUGAUGAUUCCCUUGGGGAACCGGGAGAAGUGUCGUUAGGGUAUUUCCAUAGUGCUGCUCUCAAGGAUGCGGGGACCCCCCCCCCCCACCCCGUUCUUGAAAUCCCUGAAAGUCUGCACAGGCUCCAGGCAUCACAGUGAAUGGCAGCCAAGUUUCGUCUCCGUGUUAAACUUCAGCCGAGCGCAGCAUGCAUUGCGGUGGACUACAUUCCCGGGGUCGGCCUUUCUGGGCGGUCCCUAGGGGCUCCCUGGCAGAUCUGUUUCCAGAGGGGGGCUGCCUUGCUCUUGAUGGAACGACAGGGAGUCCUGCUUCAGAGCGGGCAUUCUGCAGGGGGGAAGCUGGAGGGUGGAGGGACACCCAGGGUCUGCGUGGAGCCUGAGGCCGUCUCCGCACAGGUUCUGUCUGGCACGGUGUGGUGGAGCGCGAGAAAGUCCUGUGCUCACCUGAGCUGCCACGGGAAGAUCCCGGGCGUGAUGCUGGCUGUGAGCUGUGCCCCACACAGGGCUGCUGAGGCUCAGAAGGUGGUCAGGGCAGGCCACCCCCAUCCUGGACUCCCACCUUUCCUUGACACGCAUGGGAAGAGCUGGGGCAGUACUGCCUUGGGCCGCCUCCUUGGCAGAACUAUGCUGGGAAUUUGAGUCAGCCUUCUGCUUUCAGGAGUCCUGAGCCUGGAGACAGCUUGGAUCUCCCCUCUUGCGGGUCAGAGGGCAGGUGGCGUGAGCCAGACUUGAGAUUGAACUGGUUGUGGAGAAGGUCUCUGAAUCUUUUUAAUUCAGCGCAUCCACCAGACACCCAUUUUCCCAUCCGCCCCACCCCAGAGGUGAUAAGUUUUGUGCUUGUGAGGGACAUCUGUGUUCCUGGCUGUGGGACAUCGGAGCCAGUGCAGUGCAGUCUGUAGAGAGCCUUAGUUCCAGGGGGUUCACUGCUUGUUCUUAAAUCAUUGGUAUUUGAAAUGCAUUGUGGGUAUGACUGCCUUCUGCAUGGCAGCAGCAUACACGAUACAGAUGGUUUUUACUACUAUAGAUAGGCUGUAAAUAAGUGCUUUGGGGGUAGGGAAAUAGCUCCUAACAAACCAGUAUUUGUCUCCUAUGUCGUUAGCACUUGGAAAUCAAUAAAUCCAGACUUUCGCAAACGCCACCGACUGUUAAAAACCUAACUCUACUUUUGGAGAGUUUGUCAACACCUAGUGAUCAAUGCCUUAUUCUUCAUCUAGGAUUGUUUAGAUUCUGGAUAGAAAGAGUUUUUAGACCUUUCCAUCUGCUGCUUAGCCGACUUAGAGACCUGACUAGAACCCGUCUUCAUUCUUCUUAAACAAACCAGGCAGACAGUGAAUUUCCUGGUCAGGGCUACCCCAUGGUAGGAAAAGCUCAGUAUCGCUAUUGCCAAAUAUUUCCGAGAGUGGGAGGAAGCAUAGGGGGCCACACAACUUUUUUUUUUUCCUGUCCAUUUUCAAGUACGAAGAUUUCUUUUGUGCCUUUGUGUGCACAGCUUGGGCUGUAGGAAAGAGAGUCAGCCUUGACAAAUCACGCAGAAUCAAAGAACAAGAUGAAACAUUUGCCCCAGUUCUGCACACCAGAGCUUUGUAACCACGAUGAUGGGAGCCUCAGGUUGAAAAAAAAAUGCCAGUAAUCGAAUUAUGAUGGUGCACACGAAGGAAGCUACUCCUUGAGUGUGUUUCCUGUGGGUGCCGGAGUGCUCCGUGCCCCCCUCACCAGCUGGUCUGGGUCAGAGCAGGAAACACCUGUCUACACCCCUGUUUGUUUAGUGGGUUAUUCACAGGCUCAGACCAACCCCACAGUUGAUUAGAGAGGGAAAUGGGGCAUCACUCUCAUGCCGGUGGGGACCUGGGAAAAAGAAAGCAGAUAAAUAAAACAUGCCCAUCAGCAGGAGAAAGCAAGUCAGUUGCAACGGGACCUUCCUCGGCCCCUCUUGACGGCUGACCCAGUAGCCCCCGCAGCUUUGGUCCUGUUGUGGUCCAUCCGGUACAUCCCCUGCUCUGGGCUGUCCUAUGCCCAGAAGUGAGGAUGCACAGGGAGACAAGGUCCUUCUGGUCAGCUCCCAUCCAAGCAAACGCCAGCACACUUUCUAACUGGUAAUUUAAUGAUUGGAAAAAGAGAUUCAAAACAGCCACCACCCUUUGCUUAGGUCCGGUCCAAAUUAUGAACUAGUGUUUCUCCAUUUUAGAAAUUGUUCUUUACAGUGAAAAGAAAAAUAAAACCCUGAGUUGUGGAUACAGUCCUCUAUGUGCUCUUCUCCAUGCUGCCAUUAAGCCAAAUCAAAAGCUGUGAAAAAAAGUGAGUUCUCCAGGAAGUGUGUGCGUGGGAAAGUGGUUUAUUCACAGGUUCAAGUUUCUGUUUUGCAAAGUUACCAAACUUUUACAAAGAAUGUCACCCUUUCUUCUUCUUGUCAUGGAAUCCAGAAUUUUUUUUUAAGUUUUUUUGUUGCAUUUUAGAUGAUGACGCAAGUUUUUCGUCAACUUUUUCAUAUGUGUAUAAAAAUUCUGUUGUUUACUAUGGGAUUAGUAUUACAUUUUGAGGUAAACAAAAGAAUUUGUAUUGCUUGAUAAACUAUCCGCUCGUAAAUUUAAAAAUAUUUCUUUACCUCAAUUAACUUAAAGUAAUGGACCAAUAAAGAUAUAAAAGAUGCUUUCUUUA